AUGUUCUUUCUUCUUGUCGCUAUAUUGACCUCGAGCCUCGCUUUUGCGGUAGCUGUACCUCUUGAAAGCACGUUCGACUCGCACGCCAACGGUGCCUCUCCGGGAAAGGGAAAUGAGAACACAGCCUACUCUCCCAAGACGGCCCCAAGUCACAAGAGUGUGGAUAGCCACUCCGCAACGGCCGAUACUUCGGGCCCCGCAGCCAUUGGAUCUAUCUUCAAUGGCGUUUGCCGCCAACUCUCACUUGGUGGGCUCGGUCAAAUAGGUGCCACCACGUUGAGCGCCCAAUGUGUUGACGGAGCAGGGCAGUGGUGGGAUACAGACCUGAAUUUGAACCGUUGUAUGGGAAACGAAGGAGCCCUUGUCUGCGGAUUUAAGCUGACUCUCUUCCACCAGUGGGAAUUUUAA